UCACCUACGGACUCAGCUGUUUCCCGCCACCAGAAAUCGGCUGAAAGUCGGCAAAGUGUGUUGUGCGGAUUUUUCGCUCUCGGUCUCUCUACUCGUGUGUACCUUCUACACAGAGCAGCGCCUACUAUAGAGGGGUUAUCCGGCGAGUCUCGAACCAGUGCGUGUUCCCCCUGUUUUUUGAAGAGUGAUAUCGUUUUUUCGGAGUGUUUGCUUUCGAUCAUCAUCAACAUUGUUUUUUUUCUUCGGAACACGUCGUCGACGACGUAUAGAAAGGAGAGGCACAAGAGGAGUAAUUAGGUGCCUAACCUACCCAAAAAUCGAACGAAGAACCUGUGCGUAUCGCGGGAUUUUCUAGACGAAGAAAAGGAUAUAACGGGUCGAAGCAGGCGGAAAGUAGUGCACCAAGAAAAGUGGAAUGCGCAUAUCGAAGUGUGCUGUGAGAGUAGAAUUCGCAUCGUCUAGUGUUUAAGGAGGAGAGUCUUCUCUACAGUGCCCGAAUUUCAGGGCCGAAUCGGAUACAAAUAUUGCUGCAUGGUCGUCACGGUGAAAAAGAAAAACGUGUUCCAUCAGCUCCGGCAGUACGACGGAUGUUAUUAGAAGAGCAGGAAAAAAAAAAGUGAUUUUGUGCGACAUUAUAUUAGCCUCUACGUUACUACUAUAUUCCGUGUACCCUGCCUCCACACAUGUAGCGUGCUCGGAGUGAAGCAAGGUGAGCGUGAGAGGGUGAGUGCGAGUGAGUGAUUUGAGUAGCCCCAAUUGUUUUUACGCUCCGUCCUUGUGCUCGCGGCGUGGCAUCCUGUGUGUGUGUCGCUCGUUCGUGCGGUGUUUCCCCGUCUGCUGCCUCCCCCGCACCUUUCGAUCGGUAUCGGUCGGUAGGGCAGCAGCAGCAACAACCCGAAAGCAGUGAGCGGAGGAAAGAGCGAGUGAGACGGGUUCAAUAGUGACAACGACGACAGCAACAACAACUGAUAACAACAAAAUAGCAUUGUGCAGGAGCAAGAAAAGUGAUGCAUGGAAAGUGAAUGAGUAUCAACAUCAUCAUCAUCAUCAUCCACAGGAAUCACGCACUGCUGAAGACGAGAAGUUCAAGAAGAAAACAAUAACAAUAACACACGUGAAGGGAAGGCAAGCGGCAAACAAAAAUAGUUGGAGUUGUUGAAUCACAAUAAAAUUUAAUCAAGAGUGCUUUCGAAAAAAAAAAUUGUUCAAAAUCCAGUUUAAGCAAAGUUUUAACCAACAAAUUGUGAUGAUUUUCUACUUCAUUCCUCCAGCUCGUGUCGAUUGUGAAGAGGAAAGUAUUACCAACAGCAGCAGCAGCAGCAAAAGUGCGUUGCCCAAAUUGGAGGCAAUCAAAAAGUGAUUCUGAAGAGUUAAGGAAGGAAAAAAAAAAUCAAGUGAAUUACUAAAGUGACCACAGUUUGGUGAGGUUGUGAAGUAAGAGAGCGGGAUUGGUGUGAAAUUCUAAGAUCAUUGUUUUAUUGAAAAGUUCAGUGGUGUCGUUCGACCAACUCUAGCGAAGAUCUCGAUCAUCAUGGUGGAUGUUUGGAAGUCCGGUGAGGACAUGAUUGUCGAGGAAGACCCUGCCAGAUACUGCCAGAUUAGCUCGGAAGACGGCGGAGGUGGAGGCGGUGGUGGCUCCAACGGCAGCAACAAUAACACAGCCGUCCACGGCAUCGUAAUGGACAAGGACGAAAAGCGGAUGCGCCGGGAGAUUGCCAACAGCAACGAAAGAAGGCGCAUGCAGAGCAUAAACGCCGGAUUCCAGAGUCUUCGACAGAUGCUGCCGCAUCACGAGGGCGAAAAGUUGAGCAAGGCGGCAAUCCUUCAGCAAACGGCAGAAUACAUCUACGCCCUGGAGCAGGAAAAGACUCGAUUGCUAUCGCAAAAUUGUCAACUAAAGCGAUUACUAGACCAGCACGAUCACAAUGGAGCAGUAGCAGCUGCCGAACUGCAGCAAGCUACCACACAGACCGCUCCGGGAGUCACAGUACUGACUACUACAGCAGCAGCAGCAGCAGCGGCGGCGGCGGCGGCGUCAGCGACGACAGUCGUUGUCAACAAUGGUUCCACCGGUGCUCCGGUUCAGACCGUUGCCCAAGUGGCCACCGUAGCCAAGAAGCGCAAGAUUGACGCCAUCAUUCAACCGGUCUCGGAUUCGUCCGAUGAAGGUCUGGGCUCGAUGUCACCGGAACCGGUCAGUCUCAUGCAGGUCGUGAGCAACGCCACCGGAACCACUCUUGUCGCCACCGCGGUCAACGGCCGAGCAUGCCAGGCAUUCAACGUAUCGGCGAAAGAUUACUUGGAUAUGAAACACCAGCUGGAGAUCGAACGACGGCAGAAAGCGAUCUUCGAGGAGAGAUUAAAGGCUUUAGAACGACAGAUCUACCCCGCUCGGGUCCUCUACCAAGAUCAUCCGGAUAUGGUAGAAACCAGCGAACCACUGGAGGAAGUACUCGUACCAACGAUAACGAAAACGAUCGCAACAAAACUUACCAGGGAACAGGAUAAUGUUCAACUGAUCGCGCUGGACACCGGUGUGAUCGGCAAGAAGCAGCUGGUCGUCUGCGGGCCGGAAGUUAUAGAAGAGACUGUCCAACAACCUAUUGCUAAGCCAGUGGCUGUUCCUGUGAAGGAAGAGAAAGUGUUCAUCAAGCGAUCCCGGUCGCGAUCGCCUCCGAACGUUGAAACGGUCGUUACGUUGCCCCCGAAGAAGAACCGUUAUCCAACGAUAUUGGAAGCGGCCAUCAAAGCCGAACCGAAGGUCGAAGUCGAACGCAUUGAUUCCCCUUCGUCGAUCGUCGUUAGCGAUGAUCGUUUGUCGCACUUGACGAGCAGUAAACUGGCAACACCCCAGCAGCAGCAAGCCGCCUCGCGAAUUAACACCUGCCGUCAUAAUCUGGAGACGAUAGUAGAGGCGAUCAGGCAUCUGGAGGGGGAUGCAUUCGACAAUGUGGCUCCACCUCAACAGCAACAGCAUCUACAACCUUCAGCGGCUGCCCGGCCGGUGCAGGAAGUACCCCUCGCACUGACCACCUCCGGCAAACACCAGCAGAAGCAAGAACGCGAUCAUCGCCAAAGUCAGCUGGAACCGUACCUGAAGUUCCGGACGACACCUGCAGGUACCUGCCCAUCAGCCUCCUCCGCUACCUCCUCCUCCUCAUCAUCCUCGAGCAUCCCUUCCAGUAACACCUCCAGCAAUCCAAGUGGUAAUCCCGCGAUUGUGUCAGUGUCCAUCACCCCUACCGUAGCGCUGGCCGCCGGCAGUUGCAGUCCCUCUCCUUCGGCCACCUCCUCUGCCCAGCAAACCGCAUCGCAGAUCCUCCAGCACCACCAGCAAAGUCGACCGGGCGUAAUCGUCGUCAAGCAGACGUCAUGAUCAUCUGGCAGCGUUGCUCCUUCCUCAUUCCUAUCCGGUAAUACGUCAUCGUCGUCGUCGUCACCGUCUUCAGUGGUAGCAGCUGCAGCAUCAUCGUCAUCCGCCGUAUCAGCAUCACCUUCAUCAGUAGUGGCAACCGCAGCAGCGGGAACAGUCGGAACGAUUGUGAUCAAUAGCAGCAGCAGCAGCAAGCAAAUGAAGAUCGUUAACUGUAAGAACGUCACCGCCCUUGGUAGCGGUGGUGGUACGCCAAACGUGAUCAUCAAAUACCAUCAUCCACAUCCGUUGGCUGAGGAUGCGGCGAAACAGCAUGGCGGAAGAUAAGAUCCGUUCGGCGGCGUCCGUCGGCGGAGGAAUCUUUUUUGUUAAUUAUUUUUAUACAUAUUACUUUUUCGCUUCCACAAACAUAGACCUGAACUCGAUCGUCCCCCGUUCCUCCAUCCCCCCCCCCCACGGUAAUCCGCGCAUAGUAAGUUGUAAUUUUCAUAAAAAUCUUUAUUUUUCAUUUUUUUUUUUACUUGUCGGUAGUUUAUAGGAAGCAUUCUUUAAGUUUACUUCUUUUGAUAAAAAGCAUAUUUUUUUAACAAGCGGAAGUGAGAACGAACAGCAAGAAUUGAUAUAAUUUUUAGUAUCAAACAAACAAACACAUACACACACAUACAUUAACAUUUAGGAUAGGACAAAAGAGAGUGACGAAUAGAAAAGAAACUAAAAAGCGAGCGCGAGAGAGAGAGAUAGAGACGAAGAAAGGAAGUGUGUGUUAGUAGUGGUAGUAUAAAUUCAAGAUUGAUUUUUUAGCUGAAAUCGCGGCUGGUUGCGCGGAAUCGCUUAGCUCUUUUGUUGUAAAAAUACUAAUUUUGACAAUGCCAGUUUGUUCGGAAAUAAGGGAUCCCGAAGAAAGAAACAAUUGCUCUGACUUGAGAGUGUUCCGGUGUUUAGAGGAUAUGAUGUUGGUCGCUUCUUCCUGGAUUAGGUUAUGUGCGUCGUCCUCUUCUGGUGGAACAGUUUUGUGUUCUUGCAUUUUUUUUUUCGUUUUAAGUGUAAUGUUCAAAUGGAAUCUUAACAAAAAAGGCCACCAAAGCGUUACAACGCUUUGGUGGUCAUCAAACAAAUAUGCAACGGAAAAUACAAUAGAAACAUAUGAGCAUCAUAUGCCGGGAACUAUUAGUUACAUAAGUAGUGUAGAGCGGGAGUAAUGCGCUUUUCAAUGCAAUUUACAUAUAAUUUGUUAUAGCCAUAAUCCAGGAAGAUAACCACCAGGAUCCUCGUGCGGGGGGAGAUGGGGUUUAGAAAAACUUACGGAAAUGGAAAGAUCGCCGUAGGCACCGUGAUCGGUGCGGUGUUGAGCUUGCCGGCCCGGGACUUGCAUGUUCCGGAGGGCACGCGAAGAGGUGCCAAAUCAACCAAACAGGCAAAGCAAGAAGGCUUAAUUGAGAUUUUUUGAGAAUAUUCUGUGAAAUGAGAGCCGACUCCUUACCCACUUAUUGAGAUGCUUUCGGGAACUAUAGUAUGGUUUGUAGCUACCGUGAAGCUCCGUUAAUUUGAACGAAUCAUCAUGUAAACUAGCGGAGUUCAGUUUGAAUUUGAAGAACUGGUAAUGCUACCUGUGUAAGGUUACGAGUUAAACUUUAAGAUGAACCCCGCUAAUUCACUGAAUCAAAUUGUUCAUAUUAACGAGGGUCCACGGUAUUGGCACAAUCUUGUUGCAAUUAAACAAUUCUUUUACUCUCGUAAAUAGCACGUUAGUCUUAUUACCUACGGUCCAGGUCAAUUUUAGGUCAGCAGAACUUGGUCCAGUCGUGCAAAGGGAGUAUCUCACUAUCUACAGAGUACCUCCACAAUGACAAAAUUUCUGUAAGUUUGUCUCCGUCACAACGGAAUUGUAGGGAAUUUCCAACGCUGGGAAUGAAUGCCGAAGUUGUGGUCAAUUUUCAACCGCAACGUGCUUGAAAAUUUCCUUGAAUCUAAAAUAAAACAUCCAGAACGUUCGAAAUUUUAACCCACGAUCAGAAUUCCCAGCCAGGCGUUGUCAUUUUUCUGGAAUUGUAGGAAUUUGUAGCACAUUAAGAAAUACAACACCUUUCGAAACUCCAGUAACAGGCUGAACUUCUAGAACAAUCAAAACCUCGAAAUGGGUGAGUCUAGGGUGGCCACUCAACCAGGAAAACCGGGAAUCGAAACUACAUGCUCUACCUGUGUAUGUAAACCGACUGUACUUUCCAGAGGUGAAACACUUAUCGACUUCAUAUUCUUUAGUCUGAGAUAACUCUCGUCUCAUAACUCUUUCUGUCCUACACCGAGGCAAAAGAACGUAAGAAUUCCAUAAGAACCACUUAUGAAUUUUAGCC